AUGCCAGCACCACCUCCUCCACCGCCUCCACCGCCUCCGCCCCCGGGGGGAGGCGGCCCCAUCGGUCGGCCAGCAAAAGGAGGAGAUCGGGUAUGGCCCUAUUUGUCGAACCCGUUUGCAACGUCGGGAAGGACAGGGCUGAUCUUAUAUGAAAAUUUGAACAGGGUGCGCUUAACUCGGACAUUACGAAGGGGAUAAGAUUGCGGAAAGCAGUCACGAAUGACAGGAGUGCCCCGACCGUCGCGGGUGCCGGGGGUGCGGUUGGGGGUGGAGGGAGGGUUGCGUCGUUGGGGGCUCCACCAGUUCCGGGUGCGCCACUGGUUCCAAGGGUUAGAGCUGGAAGCGAUGGGGGGAGAGCGAGGAGCAAUAGCGAUGCUGGUGGGGGCAGCGUUGGAGGGGGAGGAGGUUUGGUUACGGCGGCGCCACAGUUGGGGGGAUUGUUUGCGGGCGGGAUGCCGAGGCUGAAGAGUCGGUCGGGGGGUGUUGAUACGGGAGGUUUGUUUUAUGACCCCACUCUAGUGGACAGAUGGCAGCUAAUGGCCUGUGGGUUUCACAGCAUCACGAGAUUCUUCAUACAUCUCAGACUCGGAGAGCACAUCUUCAAGGUCUACUGCACCUAUUCCUCCACGAAUGCCACCUAUGCCACCCAGAGUGGGUUUGCGGCCGACGCCUACCGCACCAACCGGAUCUGCACCAGCAAUUCCCUCGCAGGCGGCUUUCCGCAGACCUCCGCCCGCACCGAUCAAGCGACCGCUCGCUUCCGCUCCCCUCCGCGGCACUCCUACCUCCCCCAGCAGCCCACCUUCAAGGUCCACACCUCCACCUCCACCUCCACCGUCACUUGCGCCCUCCCGUCCGUCCCUAUUACGCAAGACUCCAUCACCUCCCUCACACAUCCAAACCGAUUCACCACCCCCCAGCGCCCCUCCACCUCCACCAACCUCGGGCUCAGUACCCAGAGCCCCUCCGCCGGGGCCACCACGUAGCAAUCCACCCCCACCACCUCCUCUCCCGCCUGUCAACGGAGGCCCAAACCCAGCGCUAGCGGCUGCACGAAAAGCCUCCGCGACAUUCGGUACUCACCCACCCGCCCCUCCACCACCUCCCCCACCCGCCGCGCGGCAGUCACAGCCAUCGCAACUGCAGCGAAAUUUUAUGGACACAAGCAAGUUUACCCUUACCAAGAAGAAGAGGAUGGAAAUAAAUGACUCGAAGUGGAAGUUUAAGCGUGAGGAGGACUUGCCGGAGCCGAGGCCUUUCAGUGGAGUCAGGAAGGUGUAUCCGAGUGGGAGGGGGAGUAGCGUUCCGUUAGAUUUUGAGAGUUUGGAGUAG